CAUAUCUGUAUCGCCUGGUGUUACUCAUGUAGGAGUUUUGCUGCUGUUGGAGUGGAUCCCGCCGUCAUGGGCGUUGGCCCAGCUGUUGCUAUUCCUGCAGCUGUGAAGGCUGCUGGUCUUGAAAUUAGUGAUAUUGAUCUUUUUGAAAUAAACGAGGCAUUUGCUUCCCAGUUUGUGUUUUGCUGUAAGAAACUGGAGAUUGAUCCAGAGAAGAUGAAUGUGAACGGUGGUGCAAUCGCUAUCGGGCAUCCUUUGGGUGCAACAGGUGCUCGCUGUAUUGGAACUCUGUUGCAUGAGAUGAAACGCCGAGGCAAAGACUCCCGGUUUGGAGUAAUGUCAAUGUGCAUAGGCACAGGGACGGGGGCUGCAGCUGUUUUUGAAAGGGGAGAUUGUGUAGAUGAGCUGAGCAAUGCACGGAGGAUCCAUCCCAACAAUCUUCUGUCCAAGGAUGCUCUAUAGACGAUCCCAACUCAUCACAGCCCACCCCAUAUACUUUAAUUAUAUGGGAUCAUCCAAAUAAAUACCAGAGUAUCAUGGCAAGGUGGAAUAGAUUGGGGAAGAGAAAUCUCGUGGAAAUGGGUAUGUGGGCCCAUCUGGAUGUAGACGUGACAUGCAUUUGGGUUGCAUAAACUUUUGGUAGUUGGCUGUCACACUCUGCUUGCUGUUAGGAGCCUUUUAUUUUUGGCAAACAACUUGUAUUAUUAGUAAUGAAGGCCAGAGAUGUCAUCUAAAUACUGUUUUUCGUUUCA